AACAACUAGACACUGAGCUGCAACUCACAGGAGCACACAAAAACACCGAGGCACUUCCCAUCAGAUCCUCCACCAGGAGGAAAUCACUUCCUGGGACAUGCAAAGAGUUUCAGGAGCAUUCCUGCAUCUUAUGUUUUCUGCUUCUGCUGGAAAAAAGGAGUCUGAAGAAGGGGUGGUGCAUGAGAUCCUAUUACAGAGAUCCAGACUUUUUCAACUUUUUUUGGAAGUGGGGGGAGGGCAGAUCCACUUUUCCUUCUUUUGCUUUUCUGAUGAUCACUUUAUAGCAUUUUCAACUGAUCUACCAUCUUUUCUUUGCCUGAGGAUACUUUGUGGCUUUAAAGCUUUAUAAUGCGGGAAGUCAGAAUCCAACUGCAGCGAUCGGUCAAAAAGGGCAGCAUCAAAAAGUUUGUGAGGACUGAAAGAAAACUUGAAUAACCAUCCAGCAGCUUUGCCUCAACAUGCUGGAUGCGUCCAAAUCUAACGAAGAAAGCAUUUUCUCCUGGAUUAGUGGUGGAUCUGACUUCUGAAGCUUCAGGAAUAUCACAACUAGUUUGUUCAGAGUUUGACGUCUUCUCUCAAGAUGUCCUCCCAGGGUUGGAGUCCCUUUGUUGGACUUUAUGGGAUGCUUUGCUUCUGGGCUGCCUGGCUGUCGGGCUGUGGGGCGAUUUUGGCUCCAAAUGGAUCCAUGUUUGAGGAUACCUGCAAGAAGACCACGACUUGUGAGGCCCUUAAAUACAACACAUGUUUGGGAUCACCUUUACCUUACACGCAUACCUCUCUGAUCCUGGCAGAAGACUCCAGCACCCAAGAAGAAGCUUUUGAGAAGCUGACCAUGUGGUCUGGGUUGAGAAAUGCUCCUCGGUGUUGGUCUGUCAUCCAGCCACUGCUCUGUGCCGUCUACAUGCCCAAAUGUGAGAAUGGCCGAGUUGAGCUGCCCAGCAAGAGCCUGUGUGUGGCCACUCGUAAACCCUGCAGCAUCGUGGACCAGGAGAGAGGCUGGCCCAGCUUCCUCAAAUGUGACAAAUUCCCUCUGGGCUGUUCGAACGAGGUGACGAAGCUGAAGUUCAACACGUCGGGUCAUUGUGAAGCUCCCCUGGUGAAGACCGACAUUCAGUCCAGUUGGUAUAAAGAUGUGGAGGGUUGUGGUAUCCAGUGCGACAACCCUUUAUUCACUGAGGAGGAGCACGGUGACAUGCACGCCUACAUUGCUUACUUUGGCACCAUCACGCUGCUCUGCACCUUCUUUACUCUGGCCACAUUUCUUGCUGACUGGAAAAACUCCAACCGCUACCCAGCUGUCAUUCUCUUCUACAUCAAUGCUUGCUUCUUUGUGGGCAGCAUCGGUUGGCUGGCCCAGUUCCUGGACGGCGCUCGGAAAGAGAUUGUGUGCAAGAGCGACAACACCAUGCGGCUCGGAGAGCCCUCGUCUUCAGAAACGCUGUCAUGCGUCACCAUCUUUAUUAUUGUUUACUACUCCCUGAUGUCAGGUGUGAUUUGGUUUGUUAUGCUGACUUAUGCCUGGCACGCAUCCUUUAAAGCUCUGGGCACCACUCACCAGCCGCUCUCCGGCCGAACCUCCUACUUCCACAUGGUCACCUGGUCCAUCCCGUUCAUCCUCACUGUGGCCAUCCUUGCGAUAGCUGAGGUGGACGGAGACUCUGUGAGUGGGAUCUGUUUUGUUGGCUACAAAAACUACCGGUACAGAGCUGGGUUUGUGCUGGCGCCUAUUGGUGUGGUGCUUGUUGUCGGUGGCUACUUCCUCAUCCAGGGGGUCACGACCCUGUUUUCCAUCAAGAGCAACCAUCCAGGACUUUUGAGCGAGAAAGCUGCCAGUAAAAUCAAUGAGACGAUGCUGAGACUGGGCAUAUUUGGAUUCCUUGCUUUCGGUUUUGUUUUCAUCACAUUCGGCUGCCACUUUUAUGACUUCUUCAAUCAGGCUGAAUGGGAGAAGAGCUUCAGAGAUUAUGUGCUGUGUGAAGCCAACGUCACCAUUGCAUCUCAAACCAACAAGCCCAUCCCCGAGUGCACCAUUAAAAACCGUCCCAGCCUGAUGGUGGAGAAGAUUAACCUCUUCUCUAUGUUUGGGACUGGAAUUGCCAUGAGCACCUGGGUCUGGACGAAAGCCACCAUCCUCAUCUGGAAACGCACUUGGUGCAAAAUCAUUGGCCGUAGCGACAACGAACCCAAGAGGAUUAAGAAGAGCAAGAUGAUCGCCAAGGCGUUUGCGUUGAGAAAGGAGCUCCACAAGGACCCAGAGAAGGAGCUGUCCUUCAGCAUGCACACUGUGUCCCAUGAUGGCCCAGUGGCUGGAAUCAAUUUUGAACUAAACGAGCCAUCCAAUGAUGUGUCGUCAGCGUGGGCACAACAUAUAACCAAAAUGGUUGCCAGAAGAGGGGCCAUCCUCCCCCAGGACAUUUCUGUAACCCCCACUGGCACACCAGUGCCUCCCCCAGAGGAGAGGAACAGGUUAUGGAUGGUGCAGGCUGAAAUUUCCCCGGAGAUGAUAAAAAGGAAAAAGAAGAAGAAAAAGAAAAGAAGAAAGGAGGAACAUCCAGUCGUGGAGGUCGUGGACCACCAGGGUCAACACCAGCGUGAGUUUGGCCGCAGCUCAGUGCCUCACUUACCCAAGCUUCCUACCAGCUCAGUGCCUCAGUUACCCAAGCUUCCUCGCCACCCAAGCCUGGUCGCCAACCUACGCAUGCAGCACAAGAUGGAAGAGGAUGUCCUUCCAGGGUCUUGUCCAGAGUUUCAAUCCUGUGAAGAGAGGUGCCCUUACCUGCAAUGUCAGAGUAACUACGGCAAAAACCUGCUGUCCAACCGAGUGACCCACAUGGAUUGUCCAGAGAAUCUGGGCCUCAGGCCUCGCUGCCACCCCUCAUCCUCCAGCUGGCAGCCCAACGGGUCUUCACUCUACCCCGGAGAGUUGGAUCUCACCAACGGGCUGUCGGAGAGGAUGGCUCAUGUGGCUCGGGUACCGGCAGGCCGCAGGGCCGGCUGUGGACCUAUCCACUCCAGGACCAAUUUAAUGGAGGCGGAGCUUAUGGAUGCUGACUCGGAUUUUUAAAACUCUUCCCCAGAAACUGCUUUGUGAUGCACACGCAUUAGCAUGGAAAAGUGCUGGAAACUUUCAGAGACACUAAAGUGUAACUAAACCUGGUCAGUUAAAAGUGUGUGUGUGUGUGUGUGUGUGUGUGUGUGUGUGUGUGUGUGUGUGUGUGUGUGUGUGUGUGUGUGUGUGUGUGUGUGUGUGUGUGUGUGUGUGUGUGUGUGUGUGUGGUGUUUUAUGAAAACUAGAAGGGAAAAAAAUUAUAAGUAAAUAAAAAAUAUUUUUAUACUUUAUGUGUCAAAUAAAAUUGCAAAGGCAAUGUUACGAUGACGAAACAGAAAAGGCAGCUAAAUUAUUGAUGGCUUGAAACAACACAGUGAGUUUUCUUCUGUGAGUGAGCUCGUCACAAUCAGGAGUUAAAUACUAAAUAUCCAGAGUUUUAUUGUCUUCAUAAAAUGUUCUCUUUCCCAAUCCAGUACCAUCUAGUAAAGCUUACAAAUAACUUGUAGUAUUAACUAUUUUUACUAGUACUACAGAAAUAAAUGGUAGACUUAGAUUCUGAGUGUGAUAUUUCUAAAUUUCACUCUGCAGAAAUUCACUUUGGUUUUAACAACACGUAAUUUUGCAUCGGCCAUUUUUAUUGUUUAAAAACGUUAAAAAAAUAGCAUCAAAGUUUUAGUGAUCCCUAACUGAGCAUUUAUUGUGCUGAAUAUAUUUGAUUUAUGUCCAUAUGUUUUGUUGCCUGGAGCAAUAACAGAUCUAUUUGCAGUUAGGCUGAAAUUUACAAAGUUUUUCCUCAACACAUUAUUGUAUAAUAAUUUUUACUUUUUAUGUUGUACAUGUUGAAAGAAAGUGUUUCUCCUCUUUGUGUAUAUUAGGUCUAAACUAGAUUUAGUCUGUGUCUGGCUGUUAAAAUAAGUAAUAACAUGUAAUAACAUCUGCAUCAAAAGGUUGGAUUACAAGGCAUUUUUCACCGAAUCUUUGUUUUUUAUGUCUGAAUGUGGAUUUAGAGAUUUCCCAGCAUGAACAUAUUUUGUGUAGUUUAAAUAAUUUAACGUUUCUCCAAAUGUAAUGAAUAAAAAAAUUGUCAUCUGAUUUAUCUGAUUAACCUUCCAGCUUCUUUGAGCUGUGUGACACCAACAUUUCUGUGUGGUGUCUUUAUUCCUACUGAAGCAAAAUAAUGUAAAAAGGAAUCGUGUAAUAAGAGGCUGUUGGUCUUUAGCCAACACAAAAAAAAUUUGUCAAGCUUUAAAAAUAAAUUCCUGAGAGAUGUGUAUGUGAAAUAUAAAUGUUAUUAGCAGCUUCCAAAUUGUGGUAAAUUUGGCAAUAAAAAUAAAGCAUGAUGCAUAAAUAACAUGUUCCAGUUUAUUAAAAUAAUAAAUGAAGAUUAUUUUCAUGUAUUGAAAUUUUUUUUUGUAUUACUGUUACUUAUUUUGUUUUGUGUAAACUAUGUGGUUUUGUUUUCAAAUAAAAGUGAACCUACAG